CAGACGCCUCUGGCAUAUUCCAGGGCAGCAUGGCUGCUCCCAGUCUCAGCCAUGCACAGAUACCACGCCCUGGUCACCUGGAGCAGGGUUGGGGGCCCUGUAGGAGACCCCAUUCUCACGGAAGGUCAUCCACAGGCUGAGCAGCCCAAAGUCCUGAGUGCUGUGGACGACCGCAUGGAUGAACUGGGUGCCAGCAUCGCACAGUCCCGGCGCACGGUGGCCCUCAUCAAGAGUGCAGCUGUGGCGGAGCGGGAGAGGGUGAGCCAGCUGUUUGCCGAGGCUGCGGCCGCCCUGCAAGGCUUCCAGACAGAGCUGCUGGGCUUCAUCAAGGAGGGGGAGUCGGCCCUGCUGAGCCGAUCUCAGGGCGACCUGUGGCGGCAGGAGGAACAGCGCAGCAGAUUAAGCCGGGCUCGCCACAACCUUAGUCAGGUCCCGGAAGCCGAUUCUGUCAGCUUCCUGCAGGAGUUCCUGGCCCUCCGGCUGGCUCUGGAGGAGGGGUGCGGCCCCGGGCCCGGCCCCCCCAGGGAGCUCAGUUUCACCAAGUCCUCCCAAGCCGUGCGCGCCGUGAGAGAUGCACUGGUCUCAGCCUGUGGCAGCCAGUGGGAGCAGCUGCGGGGGCUGGGCGGUGACGCGGACGGGCUGCAGAAGCUGGGCCCCGAAGCUGAUGUGGAGUCUCAGGACGCGGACAGCACGAAUCUCCUGGACAGCGAGGCUCCCAGAGACUAUUUCCUCAAGUUUGCCUACAUCGUGGAUCUGGACAGUGACACGGCAGACAAGUUCUUGCAGCUGUUUGGAACCAAAGGUGUCAAGAGGGUUCUGUGUCCCAUCAACUACCCCGAGUCCCCGACCCGCUUCACCCACUGCGAGCAAGUGCUGGGCGAGGGCGCCUUGGACCGAGGCACCUACUACUGGGAGGUGGAGAUUAUAGAGGGAUGGGUCAGUGUGGGGGUCAUGGCCGAAGGCUUCUCCCCUCAAGAGCCCUACGACCGGGGCCGUCUGGGCCGCAACGGCCACUCAUGCUGCCUCCAGUGGAACGGACGGGGCUUUUCCGUGUGGUUCCACGGGCUGGAGGCCACCCUGCCUCACGCCUUCUCCCCCACCGUCGGGGUCUGCCUGGAGUACGCCGAUCGCGCCCUGGCCUUCUACGCCGUGCGUGACGGCAAGCUGAGCCUCCUCCGGAGGCUGAAGGCCUCCCGGCCGCGUCGGAGCGGCGCCCUGGCAUCUCCCGCCGACCCCUUCCAGAGCCGUCUGGACAGCCACUUCGGGGAGCUCUUCAACCACAGGCUGAAGCCCGCCUUCUUCUUGGAGAGUGUAGAUGCCCAUCUGCAGAUUGGGCCCCUCAAAAAGUCCUGCAUAUCCGUGCUGAAGAGGAGGUGAUAGAGGGCUGCUGCCUCUGUCCUCGGGCGCUGGGUCUCGCCUUGUCCCCGGAAGGCAC